GUGAAAGCUGUCAGUAUUAGGUUGUGGUAAACUGAAAUGGGGCAAAAAUGUGAAAGAGUAGACGUGGAAUGAGGAAGUUGAGAACUUUGGAACAAUGUAUUAUCCAGUGGGGCUUCCGAAACGGCUUAGGAUCCCAGAGGUAAAAGAUGGGGCCAUUAAAUCGGUCGUUUGCAACAGAGAUAGGAUUCUCUUUGCCAUUCUCACUGAAAAGGCAAUAUGGAUAUGGUUUAGCAGGCCAUGUGUUCCUGUGGUUGUCCAUCGACGAUCUGAUGAGUCAGUCGAGAAACUGGGGACCAACCUAUUUUUAGAAUGGAGACCAGACUCAUCAAUGAUAGUUGUUGCAACUGAUAAGAACUAUCUUGUAUAUUACUCUAUUGUUGUUGAUGAAUCACGAAGAGAAGUGUAUGAACAAGUGGAUCCACCUAAUCCUACCCUUAGGAGGGAGUCUGCAGAACUAUACAGCUGUGAAUCAAUACCUCCUCUUAUAUUUUCACAGGCCUUUGAAACUGAAGUGCAGGGGGGUGUAACAGGCCUUGUGUGUCUUCGUGAUGAACUGAUGGUAGCCACAGGAACAGGACACAUCCAGAGGCUUCGUUGGGAUGGGUCUCUUAAUUAUGAUUAUUGCAUAGAUUUACGUCGUGUUCCCUUCUGCGAUGAUCAGCUUGUGAUGAAAGCUGUUCCUCUUGAUACACCUGGUGUACAUGUUGUCGACUUGGAGUAUUCCCCUUUAGUUGGAGGUUUUGCUGUUGUUCUCAGUGAUGGUCGAGCAGCAUUUCUUACAGCAUCUACACUGAAGUUUGAUCCCAAUGCUGUGCAAGGAAUAUGGGCACGGGAUCUGGAGGAUGCCACUUGUGCGGCAAUAAAUCAUAAAUAUCGUUUACUGGCGUAUGGACGUGCCAAUUCACAGGGAGUAGUGUACUUGGUGGAUGAAGCUACAGGAGGGCUAGAAGUGUCACACCGCAUGAUUCUCUCAAGUAGGGAUUAUGCUGGCUCACUAGGAUCUGUGGGCUUUAUGAAGUGGACACCUGAUGGUACAGUGUUGGGUAUGUGUUGGAAGGGAGGAGGCCUUUCGUUAUGGAGUGUGUUUGGUUCACUGCUCACGGUCUCCCUGCGAUGGGAUUACUCGGAAACACCUCUAUCUAAAGCCAUCUCCCUUUCUAAUAUGGAGUGGGGAGCAGAAGGAUAUGAGCUAUGGUGUGUCCAGCAGCAAAGUCAGUCAUUUCCACAAGAAAGCAUGUCGGAAGAUUCAGGAUUAUCGAAUCAGCAAAAAAGUAAGGUGGUAGAAAAACUAGAAGAGAAUGAAGGCGGCACUUCAUCAGGGGUAAAGGGAACGUGUGAAAGUAAAUCUACAAACGCUUGCAGCGGGAGUAAACCUGAUACAUCAGUUCUUCAGUUUUCCUUUAUCAAGAGUGCUCUAACAGUCAACCCUUGUAUGAGUCAGUUAGGGCGGGUGCUACUUCAAGGGAGUGAUUGUCUCUACCUCAACACGUCAGAAGGUUUGGCUGGUGUUCCUGAUUCCCAAGACUCGCUCGCAUUCUAUUUUGAUGAAGAAGAAGAAGGUGCCUUUGAGGAGCCUGCUCAUUCCAGGGAUACCCAGUAUAAUGUAGCUGCAAACAAACAGUGGAUAGUGAUACCAAUACCCUAUAAAUAUACUGCCUCCAAUUGGCCAAUAAGGUACACUUGCGUUGAUGAAGCAGGGGAGUUACUUGGUGUUGCUGGACGUAAUGGAGUGGCUCAUUACUCCUUACGUUUGAGACGUUGGCAUCUGUUUGGGAAUGAGAGCCAGGAACGAGAUUUUGUUGUUACUGGUGGUGUUCUCUGGUGGCGUUCGAAUUGGUUAGUAUUAGGAGCUUACAACAUUCCUGCCAACACAGAUGAACUUCGGCUUUAUCCCCGGGAACAAAAGCUAGACAAUCUUUUUGUUACUACUGUGCCACAGCCAGCACAGGUUUUAUUGUUAAAUAUUUAUGGUGACCAGCUCAUUGUCCUGACUGCUGAUUGCCACAUCACUGUGUAUAAUCUGCAACCAAAAGAAGCAAACUCAGUUUAUUCAGGGAAAAAGAAAAGAAAGUACCAUGUGAGUAAGCGAAGCCAGAAAAAGCGCAACGAAAGUUUAAGUGAAGAAGAUCCACUUUUCCCCCGUGGAGGCCCUAAUGUAGUUGUAUCACGUAUCCAAGAAGUAGAUAUUUCUGGUUUGACAGUCCAUCCUGCAUGUGUGGUGUCUGUAUUGCUCACUAGUCUGCGUACCGAGUCGUGGCGGGUCCACAACACACAGACGCCAGCACCUGCACAGAGCGUGAUCAUUAAUAUUUCUGGGAAGGUGUUGAUGAUCCAGCGAGACCAGCGUGCAGAUUCUGAAAACAGCAAUGGAAAAUUAUUUCAGUCUGCUCAAAUGACUCCCAUAGUUCUUGCGUCAAGUUGUGAGGCUUUAUGGUGCAGCAGUUGUGCUGUUAGUCAUAAGCCCCACCUAAGUCAUGCACUAUGGCUUCAUUGUGGAGUGCAUGGAACUAGGGCAUGGCUGCCUUUGUUUCCAAAUUCAAUCGACAAAUCCCACACCUUCAUGGCCCGUAGAAUUAUGUUGCCCUUCACUCCGUCCAUAUAUCCUCUAGCUGUGUUAUUUGAGGAGGGCAUUCUUCUUGGUGCUGAGACAGAUACAUCUUUAUUGGCUUGUGGUGCUGCUUCCUUGUACCAGCCUCUAACUGUAAUUGGGAGAACUAGUCAGGUGUAUUUACACCACUUGCUGCGGCAACUACUGAGGAGAAAUCUUGGCUAUCAUGCUUGGGAAGUGGCCAGCACUUGUCGAGAUUUGCCGUAUUUCCCACAUGCUCUUGAACUUUUACUUCAUCAAGUUCUUGAAGAAGAAGCUUCCAGUAAAGAUCCACUACCUGAUUGUUUGCUUCCCCGUGUAGUGGAGUUUAUUCGCGAAUUUCCGUUUUAUUUGAGAACAGUGGUUCAGUGUGCACGCAAAACAGAGUUAGCAUUAUGGAGAUAUCUUUUUUCAGUAGCAGGAAGCCCGCGAUUAUUGUUCAUCAAGGCACUAGAAGAUUCUCAGUUGGAAACUGCAGCGUCUUACCUCAUCAUAUUGCAAAAUCUUGAGAGUGCUACUGUGAGUAGGAAUCAUGCAACCCGUUUGUUGGAUGCCACUUUGGAAGCUGGCAAGUGGGAUUUGUCAAAGGAUCUUAUUCGAUUUCUUCGUUCUAUUGCCCAUGACCCACGAGUAAUUGCUUUCCAAGAACAAAGUCAAAACCACACGGUAACAUUUGGUACCCGUAAGACUAUCCAUCGCAGCUCCUUGGAUAAUUCUAGUGAUCCUAAUGACUUGGACUCACCAAAGCCAUCUCUGCCUUCCUGUGGGAGUACGAAAGUGGGCUUUACUCAUGCCACUCCUCCAGUGUCUCCAGCCUGUGUAGAUGAAGACUUAUCCAUGAUCCUUCCAAAUACCCAGGUGCUUCGGGGAAGGUCAUUCUCCUCAGCUUCAGCUCCGAAGGUUGCUGUUGCUGAUGGGACCACCAAUAAUCACCAGUCAGUGGUUAGAACAACCUCUGAUUCAGCCAAAGUUGUACCUGAAAUUAGCCGCCAGAGUCAGACUGUGCCAACGUCCCGUAAACACUCCUCUAAUUCUUUUAGUAAAGAUGUGUCAACUGCAGAAGAAUUCUUCCUUGAUGUCAUAUUGCAGAGGCAUGCAAAGAAAUUACUUCUUGCAUGUCGUCUCAAAGAUCUUGGCACAAUGGCUGCCCAUUUGGACUUUCCGCUAGUUUCCUGGCUGAAGAAAGAAAGAUGCAGGGCUGCACAUAUUGAUGAUUUUGUAGCAUCAUUAAAGCAGAUUCACAGAGAUUUCUCUUGGCCAUAUCCAUCCGUUCCAACUUCUCAGAUUCGUCGUUAUUCUAGUGCUUCUCUGCGAUCUGUAGGCUGUUCUGAUGAGAGACCAGCACUGAUUGAGGAAAGAAUUCAUGGAUUAUCCAUAUCAGUGGCAAAGGUUGCAUCUCUUGGCACUGGUGAGAUUGGUGACAGUGGUUACUUGAGCCAAGCAACUGGAGAUACCCAGACAGCUGUAACACCUCAGCAUGGACCCCACUCUCCCACGACACCAUAUUCCUUGCAAGAUAUUGUUCCUCAACAGGCUCAGCUCGUACCACAUUCUCCGAGAACUGGUGAUGCUAUUAGUAUGAUGAGUGAAGAAGGAACAGUUUAUGGAGAUGACACAUCCAGUAUAGGGGGAGAUUGGUCUCCUGAGGGGGGUGAUCCAACGAGAGAUCUGCUCUCUCGACCACCUGACCCCCCCCACCAAGCCACUCCAAGACCACCACCUCAUGCUGAAGUACAGUUAAGAUAUUUGAUGCAGGUUUUACUCGAAGCAGGAUGCUUAGAAUGGAGUGUCGUCCUUGCUGUUAUACUUCGCGAUGCCCUGGCUGUGGUAAGAGUAGUCACACUUGCUCGUGCUCCUGAUGUGCCAGCACAGGUCAUAACUCGUCUCACUGUUGGACUUCAGGAUCUUCAACGUUUUACUAAUACUGAAUGUUUGGGUUAUCAAAACUUCCUUGGAGCAAUAAUGGGGCAAGUGAAAGUUUUGGAACGAUUAGCCAGUACUCGUGAAACAUCAAGGACUCCCAGUCCUCCCUCUUCCCGUCCUCCCUCUACAAGCCAUGAAUCCGAGCCCUCCCCAAGCCAAGAUUCUAUUCUUAGGUCAUCUGUGAAGACGACACCCCCUCCGCCAUCGCAUCAGGCAAAUCAACAGCAGCCCCUUUUGGCCAGCCAGCAAUUACAACAAUCCCCAACGUUCCAACAACAGCAACCGUCAUCAUUGGCACCACUAACAACCAAUGUCCCAAAGAUGUCUCUCAUGCCCAGACAAAGUUCAGGUACUGUAGAGACACUUCCAGAAGAGGCAUCAUUUGAUUCCUCUUCAGAAGAAUUAACAAGUAGUCAGAAAGACUUACCUGUUAUUGAAGAUGAGGGAAGUGCUGCUUGUGUCAUAGCCUAAACCUGUUGGAAAGGUGUUUUAGGGAACUUUUAGGUUCAGUGUUAUAAGACUACUAUUUGGCGAUAACUAGGUGGUAAGGUUACAGAUUUAGAGGUAAAGUUGACUUUCAUCAUGUGAUCUGGUAACCUUUCUGCUAUACAUUUUCAAAAGGUAAUGAUGCUCUUAGCAAAGCUGAGGGAUAAGAGAGGAAGGGCAUGAAUCUUGUUCAUCUUUUGAUUUGUGCGAUGGGAUCUAGGGUCCAAGAAAAGUAGUGUUACUUUUGUAUAUAAAGGCAGAGAUUGUAUAUUUGACAAAUUUUUAAUGAGAAUUUUAUUUAUGAUAGAUUUGUAUUUAUAUACGGUAAAGUCAUUUGCAAAGUAUAAUCUUGAACACACUACACUUAUAAGUAUCCACUACAGACAUUUACAAAUGUUUGAAUGGUUUUAUUCAUAUUUCUAUAACUCUUACAGCAAGAUAUGUGAUGUUUUUGCAAUAUCAGAUUGCAGUAUUGAAAAGUUGUUUGUUAGUAUGGUAACAUAUAUAUGGUAUAGUUAAGAAAAGGAAAAUGUUGUUAAAUUGGCAAAUAAACUCCUUAUUUAUAUAUUGCUUUGAGGAAUUUAAUAUAAAGUCAUUUUCAUAAAUAUAUUUACAUACAUUUUUAAGUUGUUGUUGUCCUAGGUGUUUCUGUUUGAAAGAUUUGUGAAUUUGUAUUGAAGCAGGCCUCCCUACUCCUGUUUUUAUUGCUGCAGUUCAGGUUUGGUAUACGGGGCUGAAUCAAAUUUCUGAAAUAUUAAUGUUUUCAGUUGGCUGCUGUUUAUUGUAUUAAUACUUGUGCACUAUCAUUAUGAAUCAGUUUAACAGUCUCUGAACCACAUUCUGGACUCUCAUAGGGAAUCAAAUGAUAUCAGUAAUGAUUUAAGCCCUGUACACAUUCCAUCAGUUCUUCCAUUCUGAAACCAUUCAAGUUUAAUUGUUCACCAUCACAGAUCCAUUAUUUACAUUUCCCAUGGAAAAUCUAAUUUCUUGAAACUCCAGGAUAAAUGCAAUGGUCAUGCAAGUGUUUGUUGUAUUCUCUUUCCUAGCAAAACCAAUGUAAAUUAUCUGUUUUGAUAGUAUUUUUUUUUUUUCAAACAACUCAGGAAAAAGUUGAUUGUUUUAGUUAUUUAAAUGCAAGACAUCAACAUCCAGUUGAUAUUGUUUAGUUGCAUUGAAGUUAUAACCAUAAAAUGAGCUUAUGUAUUGCCUGAUAUAGGCUCAUCUUAAUGACUGAGAUCUGUUUAGGUGUUAAGAUGAAAAGUGGCUCAAGGUACCCCAGGGAGUACUCACACAUCAAUAUACCAAAUUACUCUUUGUGACUUCUUCACUAUAGAUAUGGAGAUAAGAUAAAAUGUAGAUGAUGAAAUGCUUAAUUCUCUAUGAUCACAGGCCAAAAGAUGGACAGAAUGAAAUGGCUGUAGAAUUGAAAUUUUCUUUACAUGCCUUGAUUAUUUCUCUUGAUUAUAUUCAUUGGUUGUUUGAAUAUCCAUAUACACCAUCAUAACCUGGGAUUUUGGAUUUUUUUGUUGCCCAGAUUACCUGGUCUGCAGCAUAAUCUACUGAUCCUUAAACUAAUUGAUAUCUUGUGGAGGAGGCCUAGGACCAAAAAAUUGUUGCUGAUCACACAAUAUGAUUUUGGGUGUUGGAUAUUAGAGCAUACCUUGAGAUGUUCAUAUUUUAAUGAAACUAACUUAAAAUAUGUUUUCUUUUUCACAACUACUGUACUUUAUUGUGAAUAACUGCUAACAUUUGAAUCAUAGUAUUCAAGUGAUUACUGCCUAAGUCUGUUAUGUAAAUAAUACCAGAUGAAAUCACUUAUUUUUUGGGGUCUGUAUUAGUAUAAAAUAUUCAGCAUCAUUUCCCUUUGUACACAGUUUUAAUCCUUCCAGUAUGAUUUUGAUAUGUACAAUUAUCAACUUUGCUGCUCUUGGGUAUAGUUACAUUACAAGAAAUGAAGGUUGCUCAAAAGAUGUUUGAGAUUUGAAUGUACUAAUUAUGGUUUAUCCAUAUGCAGUUUAUGUGCAAAGUCAUCUUUAAUUUACUUAGGGUUGACAUGUGAUAUUAAAAGGCAUUAUGUGAAGUUAAAUUUUGCUCAAAAUUAAACAUUUGGUAAAAUUACGUGAAACAGUUAGAAUAAAGACGACACUUGCCAGAUUGUGUUGUCAUUUGGCUCUUCACUGUAGAAAAUAUUUUUGAGGUAAAUGAAAAUUUUUGAAUACUUGUUUUUAUUUUAUGAAGCUGUAGAAAACUAAUUUUUCUUUGGCAUUUAUGAGUAAAAAUAUAAUUAUCAGAACAAGGAAUGAACAGGUGUCCAAUUUGGUGCACUUUAUUUUCUUCAUAUCUCCAAUCUGCCUUUUACUAUGAAUGGUAAAAAUUACUUUAAAUAAGUGAACAUUUUUACAAUGACAAGAAUAUUUAGUAUUUAAUUUUUGUCUGAGUAUGAAUUUGUCAAAGUAAAUUUUCUGGAUCUUUUACUGAAAGGUUUCUGCUGUGAUUUUAGCAUUUUGCCCCAUGUAAUUAAGAAGUUACUGUAUUUUAUGUACAAUUUAUAGGCUCUUCAUAUACUGUAGACAGUAUCAACAUUGCUGUUUGAAUCACAUCUUGAAAGACCAAGCAUUUUCCUCCUCUCUGUGAGUCUUCUCUUAAUGUGACUUAAUAUUAGCUAUCAUUUCAUGUCCCCACUGUUCUGCUUCUGCAUGUAGCAUUUCCUGGGUAUGAUCUGACUCCAAAGUGGAGGAUAAAAAUCUUACUGAUAUUUGUAGGUUCAGAUGUGUUUUGGAUAUAGUAUAUGGGAUUCGUUAGUUCCCGUUUUUUCACCAGUGUACACAGAAAUUUUAAUUUUUUCUUAAUUUAACAUUAAGCUCAUCAGAGUUGAUCUUAGUUUUCCAUAUCUGUUCCCUUUGACCUCAAAAUACCUUUGCCUUCUUACAUUGAACUCUCAGUAUUUUCAUUAUACUGUAGUACUUGAGAUCAUUUUCCUUUUUAAUGGUACCCCAUCCUCAUAGAGCAGUAAAGAGAAAAUAGAUACCUCUGUAAUCACCUUCAAAUUUGGCCAUGUUAUUUGAAGUUUCUGUUUGUUCCAGUAUCCUCUGCCACAGAGUAACAUAAAUAUCUUAUUUGUGCAUCAUGUUAUCAAUAGUGAUAGUAAAAAAAUAUAAAUAGAAUCUUCAUGUGUAUGAUGGUAUGGCAUUUGUUUGCAGCAAAAGUUACUUUUACAUAUUCAGAAAUUUUGUUCAUUGUGAAAAUGAUAAAAUAUUGCAGUAAUAACAGUUUAUACACAAAUGGAAUUGCCAUUUAUUGUUAAAGGACAGUAGUUGUGAUAGUUGCCAUGAAGGAAUGUGAAUUAUGAAAUGGUGCUGUAACUUCAAUAUUUGCUUACCAUGGUGUUACAGUUUCUCUGAUUGUAAUUUUCAGUGCAAAAAGAUCUGAUUUCAUCAAGUAAUAAUUAAAGGUACUGUUCAUGAAAUGCUUCCCCAACUGUGAAAGAGAUUUUGGAAAGGCCAAUAAAUCAUAUUUAUGAAAAAAAAAGACAUUCUUAUAUUUGCCGCCUUUCUGUGGUCUGUUUACCCUGCUGUGCUUCCAAAAGUCUAGUUUCAAGGGUAGUUGUGGGAAGAAAAUGAUAAUUGAAGGCUGAAGUACAUGAUUGUAUAUGAUGUCAGCAUUUCUUACUUAUAAAGCAGAAUACAAAUAUUUCACAUUAUAGAAAUUAACAUAAUUUUGUUUGUUAUUUUACAACUCACUGGGAAAGGGCUUUGAAUUUUUGAAACGAUAAAACUGCGUGUUUAUCAAAAGGUCAGUUUUGGUGUGAUUAUUUAUCCUUUGUUAUUUUUAUUUUUUUCUUAAGCUCUAAUUCUUGGCUAGUAAUUUGUAUUUGUUAGAGUAUUCACACCUCACUACUUGCAGUCACCUUUUGUUCAACUCCCUUCCAUAGAAUAAAGAAAGCUCAUUUGCUAUUCAUGUUUUCAAGAACAGUUCAACUUCUUACUACUGAUGUACUGCAAUUAAAAAGUGUAUGGUUUUACAUGCUGCUGGCUAUAGAUGAUUGUAUUAGUUUUAUUGCUUAUACACUUUAAUAUAUCAUAUGAAAAUAUAUUUAUCAUUAAGAAAUGCUGAAUUUGCUGGAAAUAUUGCAGGGUCAUCUGUGCACCAACAAUUUUUAGCUUAUUACUCCUUAUUACAGCUAGUCCCCGGGUUACAGAGGGUGUUCUGUUCCCGGCAGGGCACUGUAAGCCGAAAAUCACCUGACUCAUCAUAAUUAUAAUGGGAAUAAAUAGCACUUACAGCUUUGUUGCAGCGCUGUGAGUGCCGUAAGUCUGGGUUAGCGCUGUAAAGCAGGUAAUGGUGUUGUAAAUCCACUUAAGGCACUGAAAAAUUGAGGCACCAUUCAGAACCAAGUAACCCAAACCUGACGUAACCUAGGGACUGCCUCUGUUGUGAAAUACACUGUGAUAUGAACCAGUUAAUUUUGUGAAUUUAUCAUCUUUGAUAUCAUUUCAUAUUGGAAAUUUUUUCAGAUGCUGAUUUCUGUACUUUAAGUUUUAACAAAAUUUUGAAAGAUCUUGUAAUAUACUGUCCAUUGUUUUAUUCUAUUGAGAACAUGAAGUACUACUGCAUAUUUGGGUUGAAUCAUUCUCUACAGGGAACCUGGAAUUGCUCCCAAGUGGUUGAGGUUUCAGAUUUAUCCAGGUACAAAUAAGAAGUUUCAGUCAUACUUACAAUGAAGGUAGUCCUUACCAGGAAAUAUAUACACACAUGCCUACUUAAGUAUAGUACAAGAUAGUAAUGCUUUUGUUAGUUAAUGUUAUUUGAGAUUCAAAGUAAACAUGUUCCACAAGUGUGUGCUGAUAGCUGCUUUUCAUUAUUGUUUUAGGCUGAUGAAGGAACUAAAAUUAUUUACUUUUUUUAGUAUGUUCCAUUUUUAUUCUUCUCACCAGUGGCGUAAAUUGAUAUCAUUGUGCAAUAAGUUUUCUAUAUAUCUAACAUGGUAACUCUUAAUUCUCUUCAUUCCAGCAUUCAUUUCAAUUAAUACACAACAUAUUCUAGUAUUAAAAGUUCCUGUAGAUAUUGCAUGGCAUGUUAUCCCUAAGAAAAUGCAAGGCUAGUUCUUUUGAUGAAUCAGAUAGAGAAGAAGUUCCUCACACACAAGCAUAUUUUUAUUUCUGGAAUCGGUGUCAACCAUUGGUAAAAUUGCAUUCCCUUCUCUAUGGUUAUAGAAAAUAGUUUAACCAGACCACAGACCUACUCUGAAAUUUUCUGUGUUAAAUAGUAAAUAUUUUUAAUGUUCAGUAUGGUAAUUAUUGUUAUAUUUUAUUGAAAAAAUCUAUAGUUUCUUUAUUUUGCAUGAUGAAGUACUGUGUAUUUGUUCAGUUUAAGAACAGUGUUAUGGCUCAAAAUUAAGAGAAAAUCAUCUUGAGCAAUAAAAAUUUUUUUUUCAUGCUGUAAACCCGUGAAGAGCCGUUGUUAGGCUCAGAGGUCUGGAUAAACUAAUCGUUUAUAAUAAUAAUAAUCAAUCUGUAAAGCCUUUAUAUCUUUUUACAGACUUUCUUGUAGAAUCAUAAGUGCAGAAUAGCAGAGAAUUCUGUUUCCAAAUUAUGACUGUUUCAUGUCACAGACAUAAAUGUCCCAGAAACCUUUAAGCCCUGAUGCAUUUUCACACUUCUGUUGUCAUUACUUUAUUUUUAUGGUAUACGUAUAUCGUUUCUUGUUAGUAACAGUGUGUUACCCAGAGAUUUGUCUGGUUCUUAUGGGAAGUGUAUGGGAAGUGUUGAUAUACUUCAUACGUGGAGUAUUUUAUCGUAAUUGAAUCUCUCAUGUUUAGUUUUUAUCAUUUCCUGUGAUCCUCUACAUUACCAUUUUAUGGCUUUGGCAUGUGAAAGAAUUAUGUUGUAUAUGCACUAUUCUAAUUAGAAUUUUCUAUGGUGUUGCUCUGUGUGUAGAAUGUAGACACUUUUUUUCUGUAAGAGAGGUCCUGACUUAUACAGACCACAAUUGUUAAUUAUAUAUUUAUAGCUUUGCAGUACUGUUAUAGAUUAGGUUUGUGUCUUACAAUUCAUAGGUACUGUCUGAAGGGGAAACUUUCACAAACCAUGUUGCUCAAUGCACCACUGUACUGAAGUUACUGUUCAUGUCAUGUAAAGUUGAUGUUUUUAAUGAUUUUAAGAAUUAAAUUGGGUCAUUACAAAAUAUACAAUUAUCAGGUUGUAUAAUGCAGAUGAAAAUCUUUAAAAAAAAUUACUUUUUUCUGGUUGUAAUUGAAAAUGCUUGGUAUAGAAUGUACAAGUUUACCAUAUAUUCACAAGCUAUUAAACAUUUCUGUAUAAUUUUUGUGAGAUUUAUAGAACUAAAUGUGAAAAUAUAUGAAAAACAACCUGGAGAAGCUUUUGAUAAAGAUCCACUGGUCGUGUGUGAAUGCAAAAACUCUGCUUGUUCAAUGAAAAUGGCUUUGCAAUCAAAACCAGUAUUCAUAGUUGGCAUGUUUACCUCCAAGUCUUGUACAAGUUGAUAGAUCUUUUACUGAAGUCAAGGGUAGGAGCAUUCUUCUUUUGUUGUCUGAAAGCUGUUUAUUGCAUUAAAUACCAUAUUUUAGAAAUUUAAUUCUCUUGAAUCAUGAAAGAUAUUACAAUAUGACCUUUUUUUUAUUGGGGUCUUCAAAUGCUAUUAUUACAGCUCUGAGACACCAAAAUUCGUACUGUUUUACCUUGUAAAGUUCAUAGGCGUUGCCCCAACCUCUUUAUUUUGCAUAAUUGCUUUUGCCUUUAUGAAAAAUAUUGCCAUUUUCAAUUUGCACAUAUUUUUAUUCUUUUAAUUUGAUUUAUCUUUCUUCUUUUGAUGUAGUAUAUGAAUCUUUUUCUAUUUGAAAUAUGUGACCCAAUUUGAAAAGUUUUGUUUGCAAGUUGGGUAAACUUCUCAUCUCCCAUAGACCAAGUACUACUGUAGUUUAGCAUUUUGUGAGGUUAAUGAAAAUAAAGAAAUAUGGAGCAGACUUUCAGCGGGACACUUCAAAAGUCAGCGCUUACAGAUGUCCUAAUGUAUAUCAUUUGCACUUUGCAAAACUGGAGGUAAAAUGGUUUUACUCCAUCUUCUUGGUCAGCACUCUGAGAGAUUUUUUGUAAUGAUUAAUGUCUUUCUGACCCUUACAUCAUGGUGAUGUUAAUUUUCAGAUAUAGUACUAAUCAUACCUAGUUGUGAGGAACUUUGGCCCUGUCAUCAAGUUGACAGUUUUGUUAUGAUAAAAUUAAAAAAGAUAAAAUAAUUGCUAUAAAAGGAAAUCAGACAAAUAGUAGUUACGAGCAUAUGGACGCCUAAAUUUGUGCGAAGUGCUAAGCUUGUCUGCCAGCAGAUUGAGCCAUCAAGAAUAUUUCUUUCUCUGUAUUACUGCACAAUGCUAAAAUAGAGUGUAGGGAAUAUAGAUUUUAGUGAAACCUAAAUCCUUUAAGCCACUUAUGUUACAUUGAAGGGUAACCAGCUAAACCAAUGAAUACAUUAAUAUUAAAAUUCAUAUUAAUUGCUAUUUAAAAUAUUUUUGGCAUAUUAGGUUCUUUAGAAUUAGUGUAUAACCAUAAGUUCCUUAUUUAUAAUGUUUUUUUAUAAUUAAGGUGUAUUUUGUUAGAAGCAAGGUCAUUUUUUCAAGUGAAGGUUACUUUUGAAUUGUGGGAAUAAGUUAUGAGGAAUACACUGGAUCCAGAUACAGUUAUGUAAUGUACAUUGUAUGAUAAGGUGCAUUGUAUGUAACAUGAAAUUGUUCUUGAGAAAAGCAAAGCUUUUAUGUUGUUAUCUUUGCCAUUAACACUGUAAUGUAACAUACAGGAAAAAAAUAUGUUGGGAUAAUGCAUUUCAAAUUGAUAUUCCAUGAAUUGGUUAAUAAAUGUUAAAGGUUUGCUUUUUUCCAAUACAGUUUCCAUUUUACAUAUACUAAUUGACUUAUUUAAUGGACCAAACAACUGUAACCAUUGUUACUCAUGGCAACUUUGUACCAGAUAUUAAAAAAUAACUUACUAUUGUUAAAUAAAUGAUCUUGCUUUUGGUAAAGAAAAAUAGACCUCACGUAUAAAAAUAAAAUUACAAACAAGAAAUUAGGAA